AUACGAGUUGCCCAGGUACGAGUUGAUCAAAAACUACUUCUGCGCAUGCGCUCUUUGAACUUCCUUUUUAGGCUGCCAUUUGUGAUUGCACAAAACACGUGAACAAUGCAGUUGUUUGUACGAGGCAGUGAGACUCAUGCUCUGCAACUAGCAGGAAACGAAACUGUUUCUGAUAUUAAGAAUGUGAUCAGUGAACGUGAGGGAUUCCCAGUUGAGGAGCAGAUUAUCCUGUAUGCCGGUAAACCACUGCAGGAUGAGUACCUUCUCUCCAAGCUGAAUGACUUGUCCACCCUGGACAUUGAGGUCAGAAUGUUGGGAGGUAAAGUCCAUGGUUCUCUAGCUCGUGCUGGAAAAGUCAAGGGACAGACCCCAAAGGUUGAAAAGCAAGAAAAAAAGAAGCAGAAGACAGGACGAGCCAAGAGACGCAUGCAGUACAACAGAAGAUUUGGAGUUGUUGUUUCCACAUUCGGUCGCAGGAAGGGACCUAAUGCUAACUCCUAAAAUGUGUUUAUAACCAGUGUUUAAAAAACUGGAUUAAAUCAUGUAGUUACUUUU